AUGGAUACGUUAUUGACAGCGGAUAUUGUGGCGAAUUCGCCCAGGUUUCGCCGGCGAUCUAGCACCUUUCAAGAUGCUAUUCAUGAUCUCCCAGAGAAACUAGAGAUGGCUCCAGCUCAGCUUUACAGCACUGAAUCGGGACGCCUCUUUCACUCCGGAAGAAUUGCCAUUGUUACUGUUGGACUUCCUGCUAGAGGUAAAACGCAUAUAUCCGUUGCUGUUGCACGGUAUCUUCGAUGGCUAGGAGUGAAGACUCGAGUAUUUCACCUUGGAGACUAUCGACGAGCGACUGUAGGAAAUGAUCGAGAUGUGCCAGAGGAUUACUUUUUCAUCAAUGCCUCCGCAUCUUCCGUUCUUCUUCGCCAAAAGAUUCUGAAAAAGUGUCGAGAAGACAUUUAUGAAUUCCUUAAUCAUGAAAACGGUCAGGUCGCCGUCUAUGAUGCUGUCAACCCCCUCGCUGCUGGGCGCAGGUCCCUUGCCAAAGAAUUCGCAAAGCAUAAUAUCGAGACUCUCUUCAUAGAAUCAACCUGCACGGAUGAAAGAAUCAUUGAAGAAAACGUUCGGAGCGUUAAAAUCUCCUCUCCUGAUUAUGUUGGAUGGGAUCCCGCAGACGCAGUAAAAGCCUACCUCACUCGAAUAUCCGCAAAGAUUCCUCAUUUUGAGACUAUGGAAGAGAAAGAAUUAAAUUAUGUCAAGGCCGGAAUGACUCGGGGAGAAGAUUCCUACCGCGCGGAUGCGUCGCUCAGUCCAGAGGGUCAAGAGUAUGCAAAAAAAAUGUCGGACACUCUUACUCGACAUCGGCAGGAGGAGAGGCAGGCACUCAUAGACCGCGGUGGUUCAGACGCUCCUCUCCGUCCGUUGACUAUUUGGACAUCGACUCGUCGGAGAACAGUAGAGACUGCUGAUUAUUUGAAAUCAUUGGGAUAUCGAGUUCGGCAACGCCCGCAGAUGAGCCAAAUCAAUCCGGGCAUUCGCGAAACCAUGUCCAACCAGGCUCUUCGUCGCAUUUACCCUGAUGAGGUGGCAAAACACAAUGCUGAUCCAUAUCACCAUCGCUAUCCGCGGGCUGAGUCAUAUCACGAUCUCGCUGUGCGCCUUGAGCCGAUUAUCCUCGAACUCGAGCGUGAGCAAAACGAUUUGCUCAUUAUCGCACACGAAAGCGUUCUCAGGGUUCUUUACGGCUACCUAAUGGCCUGUAACGCGGCGGACAUUCCAAAUCUCGAGUUUCCGCGAAACGAAAUCAUCGAGAUUAUUCCUGCCAGCUACAACAACGAAACUAAGCGCAUCCAUAUCCCGGGUCUCCCCAAAGAGCACGAAUUGUUGUCUCCCGACCUCCGUCCGAUGUCUCCUUGA